GACGGGCGGCACGCCGCAUGCUCUCCUCAGGCGUGCCUGCGGCGCUGCCGGCCUUGUGCGUGGCGCUGAUCGCUGGUCUUGGCUGGCGGACGAGCUCACCCCAGCCCGUGCCCGAGCCGCCGAGGGAGACCCCCGUGUGGCUCGACGGGGUCGCCGACGCCUGCAUCGAUGCCUCGUCGGCGGCGCUGCGUGCCGAGGCCGCGGCUCGGGCGAUCUCGGAGCUGGCGGCCGCGUCGCCACCGCCUCCGCCGCCGCCGGGGGGCGACGGCUGCGUCUGCCCCGAGGUGGGCGACGGACCGAGCGCCGCGGCGCUGGGCCUGCACUUGGUGGUGAGCCUCCUCUCGCCUGUGUGGAUCUCGCUGGCGGACAGCGGCGCUCGUGCACGGGUGAGCUAUGACGGCGACAUCAUGGACCAUGAGCGCGUCGUGGUGUGGCCCUCGCGGCGUGUCGAGGAUGGCGAGCUGGUGGACCCUCACGUCUACUGGGUCCUCUCGCCGGACGGCGACCUGUGGGAGGAGCUGCUCUCGGGGGCCUCACCUGCUGAUGGCCCUUCGGGUGGCGAGCGCCUCGCCAACGGGGGUGCCCCGCCUGCUGACGGCCGGAAGCUCUACAGCUUCCGCGAGCGGCCAUCCCUUGCCAGGCUCGUGGAGCUGGCCGACGAGUGCCGUGUGGCGAUGGAGGCCCGCGGGCAGGUCGCCGCCGACGGGCCCGCCCAGGUGGAGCUCGCCUCAGGCAGACUGCUGGAAGGCGGGGACGUCUUCCCAUGGGCCGGGCCGGCACGUCCGUCGCACCGCCUCCGCGGGAAGCAGGCGUUGCCAGUCACCGACGGGGGAGUGGGAGGCGCCCUGGCUGACGCCGCCGCAGGCUCACCCACGCCCCCUCCUGAGGGACACGUCUGGGCGCUGGCCGAGCCCGUGCCCGACCUGGACAUCGGCACGAUCGUCGACCCGACGAGCGAGACGCUCAUCGGCGCUGGGGUGGACGCCCUCUGGCUUCGACGGGGCAGGGCGCUGCGUCUGGAGCUGAUGCCGCGAGGCGACGUGGCGAGCUGGAAGUCGCGCCGUGUCGCCGAGCUGAGUCGCCUGCUGGAGGUGGCAGCUCCUGUGGCGGCGCCCGGCUCCCCCCCGGCUGACGGUGCCCUGGAGGCUGCCGCCGCCAGUGGCGCGGAGGGUCCUCCUGGCCCAGAUGGUGCUCCGUCGGCUGUCGCUCUGGCUGACGCCGCUAGCGAUGACACCCGCACUCUCUGGGUCGAGUGGGACGACCAGGGUGAGCGAUACAAGGAGUUCAGGAAGGCCGUGAACGAGUCGUUGAGCUACGACUGGGGCCACCAGCGCUUGAAGUUCUUGCGCGACAAGAACAUCGCCCCCGCCGACCGCGUCGCACAUCGGCCGCUGGUGGAGGCGCUCGAAGAGGCCGGGUGCUUCGACCAGGUCAACCUGGGGGGGUUGGCCUGCCUGGAGGUGAUCGUGCGCCGGCUCAACGCGAUCGUGGACGCCUACAAGCGCGCGGGUGCCCCCUCGUUCGCCAACGCCAGGUACUUGGCUCCUCUGGGCGAGGCGGACGAGCUGAUGGCGCCCUCGCUGAGGAACCACGUCUCCCGCCGCGCCAAGGAGGACUGGGAGGUCGAGCAGUCUAUGAAGAAGGCCGAGGCGGUGGAUGCUCGUGUGGCCGCCCACCAUGGCGCAGAGGGUGCCACCACAGGGGCCGGCGGCGGGGACAAGGGGCGAGUCAUGACCGAGAAGGCACAGCCGGGGGAGUGGGCCCCCCCUGGCUGGCCCCACAACUUGGCCCGCGCCUCGCCGCUGCCGCCGUCCGAUUUUGAGAGAGACCUCUUUCCCGUGCCGAUGAUGAUGGCGCCGGGCGACUCCGCUCGGGGACGCAGGUCUCAGCGCAGGACCCACGCUCGGCAGCAUGAGGUGGAAUUGGUGAAUCGCGCCCUCCGCAGCUUGAACUGGCUGGCGGGCUUCAAGGGCGCGGUCGCUUCACCGAGUCCAGGCGCGUCAACCCUGGACAAGCAUGCAGCCCUUCAGCAGCACCUGCUCCGUGAGGCUCAUCGGCGUCAGGCCGCAGCUCCGGAGGUGAUGCCGAAGGCGGAGGCAGCCCUGCGGGAGCUGCUCCGGGGGCAGUCCGUAUACGAGACGGACUCUGCCCCAAGGAACCUCGUCUCCUACCAGCCCGGCAAGGUCUCGCUGCCUGAUAGCGUGCUGGACUGCCGCUUCAUCGAGGACAUCGUGAGCCCUGGGUGCCGCUCUUUUCUGGAGGAGAAUCACAAGCGAAUGAGGUUGGAGCCGGAGACAGUGGACUUCGACAGCAUGCCGCGGUUGUACAUGGACCCAGUGCUGAAGAGGAAUUCUAAAUCUUAUCGCACCUUCUUGCGAGAUCUCGCUGGAAGGGGACUUCUAGGAGUGACCACCAGACCCGCCGAGUCAGUGGGCCUGUUUUUCGUGGCCAAGUCGAACGGGGCUCAACGUAUGAUAAUUGACGCCAGGCGAAGCAACGGCCAUUUCAGAACGCCGCCAGGCGUGCAGCUCCUCAGUAGCGAGGGGUUCGGCCGGAUCGAGGUAGAGUUGCCGCCGGGCGUCUUGCCCUCGUCAGUUGAAGGGCAAAGGCUUCUGGACGCUUUCACUGUCUACGUGGCCACCACCGACGUGAAGGACUGCUUCUACCGCAUGCGCGUCCGCGAGGACCUCGGCCGCUACUUCUGCCUUCCCGCCGUCCCGAAGCACGUGUUCGACGGGAUUCAGGUGACCGGCGCCCCUGGGGAUGCCCCGCCGGACGCCCCUGUGCGGCCCUACCUUGCCGUGCUUCCGAUGGGGUUCACGUGGUCGCUGUACCUGGCCCAGGCCGCGAAUGAGGACAGGGUGUGUCGAAGCCCCAGCCUGUGCAGGGCAAUGCCAGCCGGCAGACAACAGCCCUUGAUUCAGGACCAGGCCGAGGCGUUCGUGUUGCGGGCCGCCUCACGCGGGGUCGGAGGGGCUUACGUGCGCGUGGGCAACCUUGGCGCCGUCUCGGACGAUGCCGACCUCAGUGACAGGAUGGUCUCCGAGUGGAGCGAUCUGUUCGAGCCGGUCGGCCUGGCGCUCCACAAGUCGGAGUCCCACGGCGGCGCAGGUGAGGCUCUCGGCACGGAGCUCGACGGCACCCGCCUCCGCUCGGGGAUCACCUCGAGCCGGUUUUGGAAGCUCGAGCGGGGCCUGACUGGCCUCCUCGCUCGGGGCCGCUGCAGCGGCCAGGCGCUUGAAAAAGUGAUCGGACAUUGCACAUUCUGCGGUCUGGCUGCCCGUGAGUCCCUUUCUAUCUUCCACACCGUCUAUAAGUUCAUUUCGGUCCAGUAUUUUGACGUGGGCUCGAUGUGGCCCGAAGUGGUCGAGGAGCUCGUAGCCUUUAGAGGGGUCCUUUUGUUUCUGGGCCGCGACUGGUGGCUGCCGUGGAACCCCUGCGUUUUGGAAACCGACGCCAGCCUAGCGGGCUGGGCGAUGGCCCAAAGCUUCUGGGAGCCGUCCCAGGUCGCCAGCGUCGGUCGUGUCAGUGAGCGUUCCCGUUUCAAGCGCGUCGGGGCUCACUCCGCUCGGGAAUCCGCGCUCACCUCGGCCCACCUCUUCCGCGACGAGUCAGGCGAGUGGAGAAGCCAACUUUUGGGAGACGAGCCUCAGCUAGACGACUGGGAGGUCGUGGCGGAUUUUCCCGAAGUCCCCUGGCAGCUCCUCCGAGGCUCGGCCUGGAAAACCGUCCGGAAGGGGGUCUGGGGCCUUAGCGAGGGCAUUCUGGUGCUGGAGGCCCGGGCCUUAGUGAAGGCCAUCCGUAGGCUCGCCAGGACCAGAUAUGGGCCCUGCAUCAGACAGCUUUUCUUGUGUGACAACAUGGCCGUCGUUCUUGCUUUCGCUCGCUCGCGAAGUCAGGACUUCAAGCUCCUAGUUCAGAUUCGGCGCUUCAACGCCUAUGCCCUUGCCCUUGGCAUCGCCCCGUAUUUUAGGUGGAUCCCCUCGGAGUUUAACCAGAGCGAUGCCGGGAGCCGGGAUCACUCAGAAGUUUCGUCCAAGUUGCUAACCGAUGUCCUGGAUCAGCAGUCUGUCCCGACGGAUGCGCGCGCGGGCUCUGCGGCCGCCGCGGGCGCCACCGCGGGCGAGUCCCCCGGCGUCGUCGCGGGUUCUGCCGCGGCCUGGCGUCGGCCCGCCGCCCUGCCGGAGAGAUCCGCCGACAGUGAAGGCGAGGUCGAGAGUGCUGGAGAGGCCCCAGGUGGCGACGGACACGCACGCAUGGAGAGCCGCCCUCGCCAGACGCCGGCGCCGCCCUCUGUGACGCUCGAGGACCUCGCUCCCGCGGACGACGCCGGCGACGACGUGGCGGGCGCCGGGGAGGGAGACGAGUCGAGUGGGUCCGACAGCUUAGUGAACCACGCGACUGCGGCCGCAAGGAGGUCUCGGCGCCUCCAGGACUCCCGACGCCGGCGCCGUGCGGCACUUUACACGGACAUGAUUAUGCAGACCGCAGCUGGCGGGCCCACCUUGCUGGAGCGACUGGCAGUGACUCGCCGGGCGAGGAAACGCUAUGCCAAAUAUCUCGAUCGUUUCUACUUGCAUGCCGACCUGACCGACGACGAGCUCGUGAGGAGCUCGGACGAGACCGUGGAUCGUUGGGUGUGCGACUACUUCACCGCGAUGUACCUGUCCGGGGAGCAGAGCAGCCUGGGAGACCAGACUGGUGCCGCCCUCAUCGACCGACACCCGGCCUUUGGCCGACGGGGUGGAAGAGCCUUGCCGCGGACGUGGCGAGCGCUCAAGGCGUGGAGGCGGCUGACGCCCUCGCGCACCCGCCGAGCGCUGCCGCUCGCCGUGUGGUCGGCAGUGAUGUGGCGUCUGGUGGACAAGGGCCUCCCAUUCAUGGCCCUGUUCCUCGCCGUAGGCCUCUCUGCCUACUCGAGGCCCUCUUCUCUGCUGGCAGCUCGGAAGUGCGACCUGGUCCCGCCUUCGCGUGCUACAGUGGACAGCUGGAGCCUCCUAACGCACCCAGAGGAGGAGGGCCGACCGAGCAAGACGAAUCGCUACGACGAGGGCUGCCUCCUGGACUCGAGCUACCUUCGGGGGCUGGGUCCGCUGUUCGCCGAGCUCCGAGGGCACGGAGACAGGACCAAGCUGUGGCCCUUCACGUACCUGGAGCUCUCGCAAGCGGUGCAGCUAGCGGCGGCCGAGAUCGGGGCUGGCAAACUGACACUGUACCAACUCCGCCACUCAGGCGCGAGCAUCGACGCCAGCAGACGCACUCGCAGCCUAGAGGAGAUUCGGAGGCGCGGCUGCUGGGCCCAGGCGAAAAGCAUGCACCGUUACGAGCACAGCAGCCGCCUGAGCGCCGAGUACGAGCGCUUUCCCGCGGACCAGAGGCGCCUGUACGAGGCGUGCGAGGUCCACCUGAUGAGGAUCAUGCUCGGCCAU